CGAAGCUCAGUGAAUCAGGCAGCAGAGACACACACACACACACACUCGCAGUCAGAUACACGCACGGGAUUUACAGAAAACAAGCAGAAGCAGAAGACAGGGAACAAGCCCCCGACCUCCCUUUCCUCGUCCGUUCGAGUAUUUCACAGAGCCAAAUGCCCGGUCCGACACAAGCUCUGUCCCCCAAUGGAGAGAACAACAACGACAUCAUUCCGGACAACGGGACCAACAUCAUUCCCUAUAGAAAGAACACAGUGCGCGGCGAGCGCGCCUACAGCUGGGGGAUGGCGGUCAAUGUGUAUUCUACCUCAAUCACUCAGGAGACUAUGAGCAGGCAUGACAUCACCGCAUGGGUGAAUGACCUGCUCAGUCUAAACUACACUAAAGUUGAGCAGCUCUCAUCAGGAGCGGCGUACUGUCAGUUCAUGGACAUGCUGUUUCCUGGCUGCAUCAGUCUUAAGAAGGUCAAGUUCCAGGCCAAACUGGAGCAUGAAUACAUCCACAACUUCAAACUCCUGCAGGCUUCCUUCAAGAGGAUGAACGUCGACAAGAUCAUCCCUGUCGAGAAACUUGUCAAGGGACGAUUUCAAGACAACCUGGACUUCAUUCAGUGGUUUAAGAAGUUCUUCGAUGCCAACUACGACGGGAAGGAAUACGAGCCGCUGGAGGCGCGACAGGGACAGGAUGCUAUUCCUCCUCCAGAUCCCGGAGAGCAGAUCUUCAACCUGCCGAAGAAAUCCCUCCACGCCGCCUGCUCCCCCACCGCAGGUGCAGGAGCCACUAGAUCAGCCAGCACAACCCCUAAAGCCUCCAGCACCACCACCACGUCCCGACCCUCGUCCGCUAAGAAGCUGCCGGUGCUGUCAGCGACCCCCGCUAAAGGAGAGAAAGAGCUAGUUGCUCAAGUAACACAACUAAACGAACAGCUCAACACAAUUAAGCUAGCGCUGGAAGGCGUGGAGAAGGAGCGGGACUUUUACUUCGGGAAGCUGCGGGAGGUGGAGCUCUUGUGUCAGGAGCAGGGUCAGGAGAGCGGAGCCUUCGGGGAGAGACUCAUGGAGGUGUUGUACUCCACAGACGAGCAGGAGGCGGGCGGGGAGGGCCACGAAGCUCCCGCGCAGGAGGAGGAUGUCCCGGACGACACACAAGACGAAUACUAAACAGCUGUCAAUCACACAUACGCACUCGGCCAGAGAACUGCUUUCCGGUUCAGCGUUUUCUCCAAACUCGUCACGGUUUAUUUUUCCGUUCGGUCUGUGAAGGACUGAGACAGAUUGGCCAAAUAAUCGAUUUUGUCCUUUGUUUUAUUGUGAUGUACAUCUGACUGCUUAUAUAACACAACACAAGUACGGUUUUCCUUUAGCCAAAGUCUUACCACACUGAUGAAGUCCUUUUUGAUUUGGUGAAUUUCUGCUCCAGUUCAGUAGUAGUGUUGUUGUUGUUUUUUAGAGGUUUAGAUUUGACAUCUAAAAUGGAACCGGGAUGUUUUAAAGAGACACUGCAAUAACCAUUUGUGAUGUGGUUAAAAUAAUUUGGGAACAAAAACUUUUGGCUCAUUUACAAAAAUAGCUUGCACCAGAAUACCAUAGUAACUACAGUUUUUGUUACUGAUUUGACAAUUGUGGUAGCUCGGUGUGACCUAAGAAGGGCACGCGUGAUUCUGAAAGCAUCUCACUAAACAAAUGAAACGUCCAGCUACAAGCAAUUUAUCCGUCCUCAUUUAAUGCAGAUACUGAUGCACAGAACAUUUCAUGGUUAAUAUAGUGUUACGUGAAAGAUUUUGGAUCUGUGAAAAAAAGCAGUUACGUGUCACAAAAUAUGUAAAAUGCCAUGAAAGAAAAGCUUUUUUGCCCUGUUGUUUUGUCUGAUGUAGACAAUACUGUAGCAACUAUGGUAUUUUGUCAGUGGUUACCAUGGUAAAAUUGUUUCGUCGGACAUAGGUUUGUGUUUUAAGCAUCGGAGUUUAAUGCAUACUGGUUCUAUGCAUGGGAAUAUAAACUCGUGUGUUAAGAAACUUUUGUAAGUUUUAUAUUAUGUUGUAUUUACUUUGAGCAUUUUGUGUCUCAACUUCACAGGGGUGGAAGCCAACGACAGUGUUUAUUAGACUGCAUUUCAUUAUGAAGCGUGCAAUCCGUUUUCUGCAUCUUAACGUGUUAGAUUUUAUUUUGUGUUGAGAAAAACAGGCAUCAUCUGAAGAAAACACUGCGUAUUGAAGUUUUUACUUAUGUUGUUGUAAAGCACAGGUCUUAGCAGAAGAUCUUCUGAACAGAAAACAUUAUUCUCGUGAUCUCUCGUCAAUAUUAUCUACAGGUCAACGCUUAUGUCAUUUAUUAUUGUGUACAAGAAAAAGGAAUGUAAACAUAUGUACUGUUAAUAAUUAUAAAUAGACAAUGUUUUUCUUUUUUACUACCCUCACGGUAUCUCCCCUUAUGCAUUCCCCAAUUGUGUCGCAUGUUUGCAUUUUAUUUGUGAACUUGACCUGCUUUUUACAGACAGUAUUUAAUAAAAAAGAAAAGAAAAAAUAUGA